CCUGACGGCGUAUUCCGGCUAGUUCAACUUCGAUAGUUUGUGUAUGUUGCAGCGAUGUACUCGUGUUAGUCGUGUUUAAUGCUUGAAACAGUAGCAUGUUGUGUUAACUGUUUACAAUGAACGAAAAUGUGUUUUCGUAGUAUUAUAUGGUAGUGACAGUGUGAAUGCAGAAUAAUAUGUGUGCGAAGACACUCGCGAAACUGAACGAAAAGCAUCAUUCGAAUUUUGUGUAAAAUGGGAGACGGUCAGAAAAUAGAAUUUGAUUUAUCUGGCGACACUGCUCCCAACAAUGCUUUUAGAAGCUCGUUUGCUAGGUCAUUUGCGACUGAGUACAGACGUCAGAGUAAGUCACUCGACUAUGCGUAUUUUGAAGCGAUACCGGUAACUGAAGAAGAUGAAGACAACUCUCCUUGCAGUGGACCCCGUAGUUUAACAACAGAUUUAAAUACGUCACAAUGUAACUCCAACACAGAACAAAAUAAAAUUGACCUUUCUUUGCCCGUGUUCGGCUUUCAUGACUCUCCAUUUGUUAGGCAAGCAUUCCCAACAAGAAGACACCAGCAUCGUGAAGUCUUCAAGAUGUGGAAGGAAAAACAGGACGCGCUGAAACUGGACAAGACCGAGGCUUCGAAAGAUAACACAACGCAGGCAAUUACGAGAGAAGCUGCGAAUUCUUCCGAACAGGACACACCAAACAAGAUGUCCAACAGGAAGCUACAGUCGCCUAGGGCUGUGGCUGAAGCUGUUGACGUGAACGUGUUGCAGUCGAAGGUCGAGACGCUGUCUUGGCAGCUUCGUCAGGCAGAACAGAGUCGCCAGAUGUACAAGCAAGUUAUGGAUCAAGUAGCAAAAUUCUUAAAACGUGCUCAUAUUAGUCUGGAUGCUAUACAGAAUAAAAUGGAUAGCAACAUGACAUGCAGGGUUCCACGCUCGAGAAGUGUUCACACUGUCAAUGCCUCUCCUGUGAGGCAUAGUCAGAGUUCAGACUUCCCACGCACCAAGAGCAUUGCACAAAUUGAAGGAUCGCAGACUACUAACAGUGCCUUCAAAGAUUUCACUUGGAGGCGGACAAGGAAAGUUAACGACAAUGCUGACGAGGUCACUCCAGCAAAGUUGGCAGAAGAAGCAUUCAGAUUACUUCGUAUUGUCCAAUCCCUAAUGAAUACAAAUGAACCUGAUCUUGCCCAAUCCCUGAAUGGCUCAUUGCCAGGAAGCCAAAGAAGCAGCCUCACUGCAUCAGAUGAACUUUCGGCUUCUUUUCAUAAGAGGCUUAAUGUAGGUGAAGUUCCUAAGUACCCUGCACCAAGAAACUGUAGCUCCUUUCUGCACAGUGCCAGUGUAGAUGAUAGAAACUCACCUGAUGUGUCCUCUAUUCAUUCUAUUUCUUCCAAAAUGACAGAUGGGGCAGAUUUUGAAGGCGGAUGUUUAACUAGUGGACUUGAAGCAGGAUUUGCUGGAAGUAUUGCUAGUACUAAAGAUACAACUACAUGCAGCAACAUUAGUAUUUCAAAGAAACAUUGCAAUGGUUGUAGUAAUCAUAUAACAGAGGCAAGCUCAGUUUCAUAUGAAUUAGUCAAUCAAGUGAAACCACAAGCUCAUCAGCUUAGUGAAGAUGAAAGUGGCUUUUCAUCAAUGAAUUCUUUUCAAGAUGUUGGUCUACCAAUGAUGCCUCCAUCAAAAUUGGAGGGAAGUUUUCAAGAAGUUGGACUUCCUGUUGUUGAAGAGACAGAAAUUAUCCAUAAACACAGACGAUGGAGUUCCAGCCCAGUGCAGUCAGCUUACUCAGCUCAAAGUGUGACAUUCCCUUCUGAAACAUUUCAUGUUUUGUGGGUGUGAACUGAUUAUUUCAAGACAAAACAGCAGCAGUGUUCUCACAAUUUCCUCAUAUCAGUAACAAGAAAGGCUAUACUUUCCAGAAGACAGCAGAUGUGGUAAACUGUACUAUUACACACAACAUGUUUCAAAAGUGUAGUAUGAAUUAUGCAGCUACCACCAUUGUUUCUUAAAGAAAUUAUAGUAUUUAUUCUGUCUUUGCUUAGUUUGACAAGGGGUAUUGAACUGUAUGAAGUAAUCUUUCGAAAUCACUGUGCGUCAGUGACAGUUGUGUUUUUUAUUGUUUUUCUUAUAAAUACUUGAAACUCAGUGUAUGCAGGUUUUAUUAUAUAUUACAUUUUUAAGUGUCUUUCUGUAACAAAAUGUAAAUUGCAUUUGCAGUAAAACAAAAAUGAACAGUACUGUAUUGAUGCUUAUGAACAUGAAUACAGAUACUGUGUAGGGAAUAAUUACACUAUUAGUGAUAAUUUUGAUUUACAUUCUGCAUUAUGUUUUGUAUUUGUGCAAAUGAUUUAUGUUGUAAAUGUAUUGAAAUAACACCUUAAACUGUUUGUUUGGAUAUGAUCUGCAUUGUUCAUCUGUUUUCACUUUAUAAAAUCAUAUUGCCUGCAUAUAUAUAAUUUAACUUUCAAAAUUUUGUGCGAACCUUAAAAAACACACAUUUUCUGCCUGGGAGAUAACUAAAUUACUGUUGCUCAUGAGUCAAACAAAAAAAUAUUGAACUUCAAACAACAAUAGUAGUAGCUAGACUGAGGCAGAUGCAUGGUGUCACAUUUGCAAGGCUCUUCAAAUCACUUGACAUUGUAUGAGCAUUUGAAAUGUUUAACAAAUAUAAAUUCAGUUGCCGAGUCCACUCUCCUUUCCUAAUAAUUCCACUGUUAAGAUGUUACAAAACUUUAAAAUACACAGACAGCUACAGUAUGUAACUUGUUUAACAUAUACGUAAUUCAAAAAGGUGUCAAGUUUUUGAUUUGCCACAUAGAAAUACAGGUGACUGAAUUGAAAGCUAGAAAACUGUAAAGGAACGCAAAUUUAUGAGAAAAUAAAUGAAACAGUGCUUGAAGAUUAGAUGUAUGAUAUUUUUAAACAGAAAACAUCACAUCACCCUUUUGGA